GCCCACCGGAGCCGAAACGCGAAGGUUGCCAGGAGCAGCAGGAGGAGGCCACGGCUGGACAGUGUCUGACGUGGAAAGUGUCAGCACUGAGUAAGAAACUUCGGGCCAAAACAAGCCUCGAGAACAAAAUCCCCCCAGUUCUCUGUAAGCUCCUGCGGGUUUCACAGAGGACAGCACAAUGAGUCUGGAUAAGGCGAAGCUGUGUGAUUCACUGUUAACCUGGUUACAGACAUUUCAGGUGCCAUCGUGCAACAGCAAGCACGACCUGACAAGCGGAGUGGCCAUUGCACAUGUACUGCACAGAAUAGACCCUUCUUGGUUUAAUGAGACAUGGCUAGGCAGGAUCAAGGAGGAGAGCGGGGCCAACUGGCGCCUCAAGGUCAGCAAUUUGAAAAAGAUUCUGAAAAGCAUGAUGGAAUAUUAUCACGAUGUGCUCGGUCACCAGGUGUCUGAUGAGCAUAUGCCAGACGUGAACCUGAUAGGAGAGAUGGGAGAUGUCACAGAACUGGGAAAGCUGGUACAGCUCGUGUUGGGUUGUGCAGUCAGCUGCGAGAAGAAACAAGAGCAAAUCCAGCAGAUAAUGACACUCGAGGAAUCUGUCCAGCAUGUUGUGAUGACUGCCAUUCAGGAACUCUUAUCGAAGGAGCCGUCAUCUGAACCGGGAAGCCCAGAGACCUACGGGGAUUUUGACUAUCAGUCCAGGAAGUAUUAUUUUCUGAGUGAGGAGGCAGACGAGAAGGAGGACCUGAGCCAGCGCUGUCGAGACCUUGAACAUCAGCUGUCAGUGGCUCUGGAGGAGAAGAUGUCCCUGCAGGCAGAGACACGCUCCCUGAAAGAGAAGCUCAGCCUAUGCGAAUCUCUGGACGCCUCCACCACUGCCAUCACUGGCAAGAAGCUGCUGCUGCUGCAGAGUCAGAUGGAGCAGCUUCAAGAGGAAAACUACAGACUGGAGAACGGCAGAGACGACAUGCGUGUGCGGGCAGAGAUACUGGAGCGCGAGGUGGCUGAGCUGCAGCUACGGAACGAAGAGCUGACCAGCCUGGCGCAGGAGGCCCAGGCUCUCAAAGACGAGAUGGACAUCCUCAGGCACUCGUCUGACCGGGUGAACCAGCUCGAGGCGAUGGUGGAGACGUACAAGAGGAAGCUGGAGGACCUGGGAGACCUGCGCAGACAGGUGCGCCUCCUGGAAGAGCGCAACACUGUGUACAUGCAGCGCACGUGCGAGCUGGAGGAGGAGCUUCGCAGGGCCAACGCUGUCCGCAGUCAGCUGGACACCUACAAGAGACAGGCUCAUGAGCUUCACACCAAGCACUCAGCAGAGGCCAUGAAAGCUGAGAAGUGGCAGUUUGAGUACAAGAACCUUCACGACAAGUACGACGCACUGCUGAAGGAGAAAGAACGUCUGAUCGCAGAAAGAGACACACUGCGGGAGACAAACGAUGAGCUCAGGUGUGCACAAGUCCAGCAGAGGUAUCUCAGUGGAGCAGGAGGCUUGUGUGACAGCGGUGACACAGUUGAAAACCUGGCUGCAGAGAUCAUGCCAACUGAGAUAAAGGAGACAGUUGUUCGUCUCCAAAGUGAAAACAAGAUGCUGUGCGUCCAAGAGGAGACCUACCGACAGAAACUUGUGGAAGUUCAGGCUGAGCUGGAGGAGGCUCAACGCAGCAAGAAUGGGCUAGAAACUCAGAACAGUCAUGCCCCCUCCCCCACACACCUCCCUCCUUUUGUUUUGUUUUUUUCCUCCUUCUCUUCCCAACCUUUCCUCUCAUCCUUAACCCGUGUUUCCCUUAUUUUCGUCUUUCCAAGGCUGAACCAGCAGCAGAUCUCAGAGCUGCGUUCUCAGGUCGAGGAGCUCCAGAAAGCACUCCAGGAGCAGGACAGCAAGAACGAGGACUCGUCCUUAUUGAAGAAAAAGCUUGAGGAGCACCUGGAGAAGCUCCACGAGGCCCAGUCAGACCUGCAAAAGAAAAAAGAGGUCAUUGAUGACCUGGAGCCCAAAGUAGACAGCAACAUGGCUAAGAAGAUUGAUGAACUCCAGGAGAUCCUGCGGAAGAAGGACGAGGACAUGAAGCAGAUGGAGCAACGAUACAAACGCUACGUGGAGAAGGCGAGAACGGUGAUCAAAACCCUGGAUCCUAAGCAGCAGCCAGUGGCUCCUGACAUUCAGGCCCUGAAAAACCAGCUGACAGAGAAGGAGCAAAGAAUCCAGCAUCUGGAGCAUGAUUAUGAGAAGAGCAGGGCCAGGCAUGACCAGGAGGAGAAACUCAUCAUCAGUGCCUGGUACAACAUGGGAAUGGGGCUGCAUCAGAAAAUGUCUGGUGAGCGGCUGGGUUCCUCCAACCAGGCCAUGUCCUUCCUCGCCCAGCAGAGACAACUCACCAACGCAAGGAGGGGCCUGACACGACACCACCCGAGAUGAGACACGGAGGCGUGACAGUUACCCUCAAAUGAAAAGCAAAGUGCACACAAGGUGAUCCAUGUGAACUCUGAGUGUCUUUUGCCUUUUUAUGCCUUCACUGGGAUCACUGCGCCUCAGUUUUUGUCACGCUGCUGCUGCCCCCUGCUGGCUCUUACUGAUAUGAGAAGAUUUCUUUUCUCCGUUGGGCUCCAGAGCAGAAGCUAUAUAGGCCUUAAGAAGAGGUGACCUCACCUUUUAAGGUGACUUUUAUUUCCCCUGUAGCCUCUUGGACUCACUCCUUUUUUUUUUUUUCUUGAACAUCUAUUUAAAAUCCUUUUUUAAUUUUUUUUAUGUUAAACAGUGAAACAGAACUGGAACAAGUUUUGUCAGGUGCCAGUUUAAAUGUGAUAGAUGACGGAGAAGUUUCACUACUCCAAGUGCUACAGAACAAAAGCUGCACAAGCUGUCCUCAUACCUCCACUACAGCAGCUCGUCACGUUCACUACAUCUUGGGUUUUAUGUGUUUGCUGAGGAUUUUUCUUCUUGUAGCGUUUUUAUUUUUAGUCCAAGUUUGAAGUACCUUUGGAAAAAAUGUAAAAAUCAAGCGGGUGUGUAACAGCUUUAGUCUCGGUUUCUUCUGUAUUCUCUUUAAAUGCUUUCUUUUUUUUCCUUCUCAGCCUUAAAUCUGAAACAUGUCUUCUGUAAAUAUUUUCACAAUGUACACCAAAGCACUUUCUCUCUAGAAGGGUGGGUUUGUUCAGUGCCUCGCAAAAGUCUCCCAUGCUAGCCCUUUAUUAGAUGAGACUGAACACUGACAUGUUUUCAGCGCCAACACUGUUUCUGUCACACUGCAGGUACGUGCUCAAGUCUGGUGAUAUGACUUUUGUGUAUUUUUUUUUUUUUUUCUCUGUUGCCUCUAAAUUUUUUAUUUUUUAUUCCUAUCCAUAAGACCUCCCCCAUCAGGGGGUCUGAUUGUGGGUCGGACCUAACUGCACUCUCCACUUUAAACACAAAAACUGGAUAACACUAUACGAGAGUCUCUAAUCAUAAAAACACUAAAAAAUAUAUAAAACUGAGUCAGCUGAUGUGCUGUUUGCCGCUGCUAGGUGUUGUUCACGUCUGAGCUGGAAGGAAACGUGUUCUUCAAUGCGCUGGAAUUUUUCCUGUGACAGGAAAUCGACAGCAGAUUAAAAAGCCUGAGGCACAUUUAUCAGACACUACGUCUGCCUUUCAUUACAACCGUUGAUCAAGUUGUUUUUGUGCGUCCCAUGUCAGAGCUGCUGUCCUGUGACUUGUACUUGCCUCUAACAGUUUGUGCUAUGAUCUACAAAGACCAGAGUCCUGCUGUUGUGUAAACACUUUUUAUUUUUUCGUUCUACUGAUGGUUUUUUUUUUUUAAGUUGGUUUUUAUGGCGUAAAAUUACUGCUCCACAUAUGCAUGGUGUGAAAGGUUGCAUCAUGAAAUGGUCUACUAGAUUAUAGCAUAAUGUACUUGACACAGGGUUAAAUUAUUUGUAGUCCUCUUCUGUUCUACUUUUUGCACUACAAAUAAA